AUGAUCCGUAUUAAAAACAACGAUGAUCAUCAUACAUCUAUUUCAACAUUUACUAUUUUAACAUAUAAUUGUCUUGCUUCGAAUCUUGCUGAAUCACAAUAUUUUCCAAAAACAAAUCCUACACAUCUCGAUUUUUCUUAUCGAUUGAAAUUAUUUGAAAAUGAAUUGCAAUCAUUUAAUGCCGAUAUUGUUUGUUUACAAGAAAUUCAUCAAGAAAAUUUUCAACAAUGGCUCAGUCCAUUUCUUUUACAAUUGGGAUAUGAUGAAGGAACUUUUGCUAAACGUGGUGGUACCAAAGCUAAAGAUGGUGUUGUAAUAUUUUUUAAACGAGACAAAUUCAAAUUGAUAAAUCAACACCGACUAGAUUAUUUUGAUCGUGCACAAGAUCAAUUUCCAACAGAAACAUCAUUAGCUACAUAUAAUGUUGCUCUCUUCUGUCUUCUUCAAAUGCAAAAUGUAAAGACAAAUGUAUCAAACAAAGAAGAACAACAAAUUUGGAUAUGUAAUACACAUAUAAAUUGGAAUCAUACUUUACCUGCUACACAAUUCUUUCAAAUUCGUACUCUUUUUAAUGAACUUACUCAACUACAUAAAAACACUUGUGAUCAAUCGUUUGUGAUUGUUGGUGAUUUUAAUAGUACACCUGAUUCAGUUGUUCAUGAUUAUAUUAGAAAUGGUUUUCUUACAGAUACAGCUGAUUAUUAUUCAAAAGUUUAUGAAAUUUUUUUGCCAUUGUUUGAUGGUGAUUCAACUAAAACUAGGAAAUAUCUUACUGAACCUCAUAUGUAUAAAAAUACCAUGGAGAGUGCUUAUAACAAAAAUACAUUUUUAAUACCGUUUACUACACGAAUUGUUGAUGAUUUUUGUGGAACUAUUGAUUAUAUUUAUUAUCAACGUAAUCGUAUGCGUCCUUUACAUUUAUUAAAUCCAUUGCAUAAUGAUGAUGAACUAGUAAUACAUAAUGAUUUUACUUUACCAAAUGAACAACAUCCGAGUGAUCAUUUACCAUUAAUGGCCGAACUUGAUUUACUUUCGAAAUCAUCUGAAAAUGAUGAUUAA